UCUUUAUGAAGCGGAUAUUGUCAGGUUCAUUCUCAAAAGUGAUAAUUCAAUUUAAAAGGAAAUAAACUUCCGUUUUAUUUUAAUAGAGAAACAUGAUAUUUAUAUGUUUGUAUCUGCUUUCAUUAUCAUUUAAAGACAUCGCAGCUCUGACAGUUAAUAAAAGUUUCAAUUCUUCAAAAGCGUUUUCAAAGAGACAAGUAAGAGCGUCAUGUGAUAAGGGAUGGUAUCCUUUUGAGGAUAAAUGCUACAGAACCGGAGGUACUCAGGAAUUGAAAUUAAGCUGGGACAGAGCAUCAGAACGUUGUAAAGAACUUGGUGGAAAGCUUGCUUCUAUUCACUCAAAGGAGCUUUCGGACUUCUUAACAGCCUUCAUUCUGAUGAAUGUAGAGCACACUGCCUGGAUUGGACUAAACGAUAGAGGUACUGAAUCUCAUUACAAAUGGGAAGAUGGUACGGAAUUAGAUUUCAUUAAUUGGUUGCCUGGCCAACCUAGUGCUGCUGAAGUUGAAAAGGAAGAUUGUGUUGAAUCUGUUUAUUACACAUAUCCACAUAUACCAUUGGGAAAACCUGGUCAAUGGAAUGACCAUGAAUGCUACCAUGAAAAGGAAUUCAUUUGUCAGAAAAAUACAAAAAGAAACCAAGCAAGAAAAUUUACAGAUCCUAGAUUUUGUCCUCCCCGAAUAGGGGGUUGGAGAUUGAGAACGUCAUGCUAUCAUGUAAUUGAAAAGAAAUUGACAUGGCAGGAAGCAGAAGAUUACUGCAUCGAGACACAUAAUGGUCAUUUGGUGACUAUCAACGACUUUUCAGUUAAUUUGUUCAUUGAAUACAUAUUGAGAAACUACACAGAAGACAUGUGGAUUGGCAUUAAAAUGAAAAAUGAAUUUCAACAACAAUGGUCCUCAGGCUGGUACGUAGCUUUCACGAAUUGGACUGAUGAACCAGGAGAAUUUCUGGAGGGAAUGUGUGCUCUUCGAACUUUAGACCAAUGGAGAACAACAUCCUGCCAAAGACGAUUGCCUUUUGUUUGUGAAACUGCAACAAAGGCUGCACCAUCUCUGUCGUCGUCUGAAGAAUUGUUUUGUCCAGAAGAACCAGUCGGAUGGAGAAAUUUUGGUGGUGAAUAUUGCUACUAUAUUAACACCGAUCAUCUUACAUGGUACGAAGCUAAUUUCAGGUGUAUACGAAGAGGUGGUACGUUGGCUAGUUUUCAUUCACAAAUGGAAAUGGAUAUUUUGCAGCCUUUCUUGAUGAUACACUUUCUUAAAAGUCGUAUUUAUCCUUGGAUAGGACUGCAUCGUCACAUGCUGCAUGAGGAAGAGUUUGUGUGGGUAGAUGGAACUCCAAUGGAUUUCAAAGCGUGGGCAGUUAAUGAACCAAAUAGUGAGAAAGAACAAUGUGCUGAUGUAAAAGUUGAAUCGAUGACGUGGGGUGACUACUUUUGCAACCACCCCAGGCCUUCUAUUUGUUCCAUUCGAAAAAUUUCUUCAAUUAAAUCAACAGGCAAUGAAAUUGCAACUCCUCCAUGCACAUGUGGAUUUUCUACUGAAGUUCUUCUUGGUGUUGUUUUCUGCAUCCUGCUCGUCUCACUUCUGCUAGGAAUUAUCAUUUACUACUUGAGUCGCCAAGGCAAAGUCAAACAGCAAAUACGAAAGGCAUCCAGAAUAUCCUUACCUCCUCACUUGCGAAGAAGACAUAAAUCUAGUUUGGACAAAGGAAUUGUAAUUACAGAUGAUGAUUAUGAAAAUUACGAAAAACCGAAAUGAAUAUUUUCAACUUUUUUACUGAAACUGUUGCGAUGCUUAUUAAUAUUUCCUUUACAUGUUCGAAUUAUAUAAAGUUGUACUUAAGAUUACAAAAUAAAAAAUUGGGUUGCAGUCUUUUA